AUGCCUCAACCCUUAUUAGUGGUUAAUGGCAGUGACCACCCUGGACAGAGCCUGUCUUCAGGUUUCCUCCCUGACGUUACUUGCGGGAAGGUGUGGGUCCUUUCUCCCCACCUCAGCCCUUAUGUUUGGUUAAUGGUGGUGACCAUCCUGGUCUGUCUGCAGGUCUUCUUCCUUCUGUUACCUGCUCAAAGGUGCCUGUUCCCUCUUCGUGCCUUAGCUCUUAUGUGCGAUGACGACUUUUUUCAUGAACUCCCAGAAUCCUUUCCAUCUGAUCCACCUGAGGCUCUGCCACAUUUUCUUAUUGAGCCAGAAGAAGCUUAUAUUGUGAAGAAUAAGCCUGUGAACCUGUACUGCAAAGCCAGCCCUGCUACCCAGAUCUACUUCAAAUGCAACAGUGAAUGGGUUCAUCAGAAGGACCACAUAGUAGAUGAGAGAAUUGAUGAAACUUCUGGUCUCAUUGUCCGGGAAGUGGGCAUUGAAAUAUCACGCCAGCAAGUAGAGGAACUUUUUGGACCUGAUGACUACUGGUGCCAGUGUGUGGCCUGGAGCUCAGCAGGCACUACCAAGAGCCGGAAGGCCUAUGUGCGCAUUGCAUAUUUACGGAAGACAUUUGAGCAGGAGCCUCUGGGAAAGGAAGUGUCCUUGGAACAGGAAGUUUUGCUCCAGUGUCGACCACCUGAAGGGAUUCCUGUGGCUGAAGUGGAAUGGCUGAAAAAUGAAGACAUCAUUGAUCCUAUUGAAGACCGGAACUUUUACAUCACCAUUGACCACAAUCUCAUCAUUAAGCAAGCCCGCCUCUCUGAUACAGCAAACUACACAUGUGUUGCCAAGAACAUUGUUGCCAAAAGGAAAAGUACAACAGCAACUGUCCUAGUCUAUGUAAAUGGAGGCUGGUCCACCUGGACGGAGUGGUCUAUGUGUAAUAGUCGCUGUGGCCGAGGAUAUCAGAAGCGCACAAGAACCUGCACCAACCCAGCACCACUCAAUGGUGGUGCCUUCUGUGAAGGUCAGAGUGUGCACAAAAUAGCCUGUACCACAUUAUGUCCAGUGGAUGGCAGGUGGACUUCCUGGAGCAAGUGGUCUACCUGUGGGACUGAGUGUACGCACUGGCGCAGGAGGGAAUGCAUGGCACCAGCCCCCAAGAAUGGAGGCAAGGACUGUGAUGGCCUCGUCCUACAAUCCAAGAAUUGCACUGAUGGCCUUUGUAUGCAGACUGCUCCAAAUUCGGAUGAAAUAGCUGUGUAUGUGGGCGUUGUGAUUGCUGUGAUAGUUUGCCUGGCCAUUUCUCUUGCGGUAGCCCUAUUUGUGUAUCGGAAGAAGCACCGAGACUUUGAGUCUGAGAUUAUUGACUCUUCAGCACUCAACGGAGGCUUUCAGCCCAUAAACAUCAAAGCUGCAAGACAAGAUCUCCUGGCAGUCCCCCCAGACCUCACCUCUGCUGCAGCCAUGUACAGAGGACCUGUUUAUGCUUUGCAUGAUGUCUCCGACAAAAUCCCCAUGACCAACUCUCCGAUUCUGGAUCCACUGCCUAGCCUGAAAAUAAAAGUCUAUAAUACUUCAGGCGCUGUCACCCCUCAAGAUAACCUCUCCGAGUUUGCAUCCAAACUGUCCCCUCAGAUGACACAGUCCUUGUUGGAAAAUGAGACCCCAAAUCUGAAGAACCACAGUCUAGCAAAACAGACUGAUCCAUCCUGUACUGCAUUUGGCACCUUUAAUGCCCUCGGGGGCCACCUUAUCAUUCCCAACUCAGGAGUAAGCUUGCUGAUUCCAGCUGGGGCUAUUCCCCAAGGAAGAGUCUACGAAAUGUAUGUGACUGUACACAGGAAAGAAAAUAUGAGGCCAACCAUGGAAGAAACGCAGACACUUCUAACCCCAGUGGUGAGCUGUGGCCCGCCAGGUGCAUUGCUGACACGCCCUGUCAUCCUCACUUUACAUCACUGUGCUGACCUCAAUACUGAGAACUGGAAGAUACAGCUUAAGAACCAGACAGUCCAGGGACAAUGGGAGGAUGUGGUGGUGGUGGGAGAAGAAAACUUCACAACCCCUUGCUACAUUCAGCUGGAUUCAGAGGCCUGCCAUCUCCUCACAGAGGACCUCAGCACCUAUGCCUUAGUGGGCCAGCCCACCACCAAAAUGGCUGCCAAACGCCUGAAACUGGCCAUCUUUGGACCCCUCUGUUGUUCCUCUCUGGAGUACAGCAUACGUGUCUACUGUCUGGAUGACAACUUCGAUGUUCUGAAAGAAGUUUUGCAGCUGGAGAGACAGAUGGGAGGACAACUCCUAGAAGAACCAAAGGCUCUUCAUUUUAAAGGCAGCACCCACAAUCUGCGCCUCUCUCUUCACGACAUUGCCCACUCCCACUGGAAGAGCAAAUUACUUGCAAAAUAUCAGGAAAUUCCUUUUUCCCACAUCUGGAGCGGCCCUCAGCGAAAUCUCCACUGCACAUUCACUCUGGAAAGAUUCAGUCUGAACACUGCAGAGUUAGUUUGCAAACUAUGCGUUCGGCAGGUGGAAGGUGAAGGGCAGAUUUUCCAGCUGAACUGUACUGUGUCUGAGGAACCUACUGGCAUGAAUCUUCCCCUGCUGGACCCAGCAAGCACCAUAACCACCGUGACUGGGCCCAGUGCCUUCAGCAUUCCUCUCCCCAUCCGCCAGAAACUCUGUAGCAGCCUGGAUGCCCCACAGACAAGAGGGCACGACUGGAGGAUGUUAGCCCAUAAGCUAAGCCUGGACAGGUACUUGAAUUAUUUUGCAACAAAAUCAAGCCCAACUGGUGUGAUCCUAGAUCUCUGGGAAGCACAGAACUUCCCUGAUGGAAAUCUAAGCAUGCUGGCUGCUGUCCUGGAAGACAUGGGAAGACAUGAAACAGUAGUGUCUUUAGAAGCAGAAGGGCAGUACUGAACUCAGGCUGGAUCUAAAGGACAGGAUGGGGACUCAGAAGGUGUCUGUGGUGGUUCAGGAGCUACAGCUGAGAAGAAAAUUCAGACUAGACCAAUGAGCUUCCCAGGCAAGAUU